GUGGACUCAAACAAAGGGCUGGAGAGGAAAGAAGCAGACAGGAAGAAUGCCCCUUACGUCUCGACCAGUGAAGCUGGCCUGUCUGGCCUGCCGCGCCUCCAAAACCCGCUGUGACGGCCAGAAUCCGUGCACCAACUGCUUGAAUCACCAACAAGAAUGCCGAUAUCGCCCCAGUCGACGAGGAGGCGCGAGGCGAGGCGCCGCUGCCGCUGAGGAACUGGCCAUGAAAAGGGCAGAACGGUUGCUAAAUGAGAGUAGGAUGAAAACUCAUGCCGAUGCCUUGGAUGUGGAUAGUGAAGCCUAUCAUCCUCACUUGCAGACCGAUACGACCGUGCCCGUAUCGCUCUUGUCACCGUCAUCGAUCGAAAGUGGACCUCGGCGGUUCGGUAGAGCCCUUGAGGAUAGUGGCACAGGCCUUCCGUCACCACUCAGUGGCAUUACUGAAACUCAGGAGCUUCUGGGAAUUGGAGAGCUUCCCGCAAGGAGCCUCCGGGCGUAUCGAUGUGAUCAAGAUCUGAUCAACGCGUACUAUGUCUUCAUUCACCCGUAUUUUCCCUUGCUACCUCCACCGGCAUUGCCCCAGUAUGAAGAUCGAUUUGAGAAACUGCGUAUUCGUUCACCCGAUGCAAAUGCUUCUCGUCUUCCUUAUUGGCCUACUUCAUCAUUGGGCUUGGCCCUGGCGGCGAUGCUUGCUCUGAUUCCCCCGCCUGGAGACGUGCAUGCGGCGGACGGUGAAGCUGUCACAUUACGACGCUCUUAUGCUGAUUUGUAUGCGCGCUCUGCCCUGGAAUCUUCCGAGGAUUCCCUCGAGUCAUCCUCGCCGAUUGAUCUGGCCAAGGGCCCGCAGAGUACCUUACAUCCCGGCAUUCCUCGAAAGAUGGAGCCAGUCCUGGCCCUGGGGCUUCUCAGCAUGUACGAAUGCUGUCAGCGGCGAAACAUCGCAAAGAUGCGUAUCAGGGCAAAUCAAGCCCUGACUAUGGCCAUGGACCUCUCUUUACACACGCAAAAGUCGCCGACCGAUUGUUUCGAUGCAUGCAGGCGGUGCUGGUGGGGAACGAUAUUCCUGGUUUACCAGUCGUCUAUAAUAACUGCAUCGCCUCCGCUCAUUACCUGUGAUGAUCUCCGAAUCACCACUCCUUUGCCGGAAUUUCGUGGCUGCCGCGAGCCAUGGCCACUUUUAAUGAACGCACAAGUAGUUCUUCUCCGUAGUUGCUUCAUUGGACGUCAACUCAUCCGAGAGGACAAUGGCAACAAUCAGGGGCUCCUCAGUUCCCUAGAAUACGAGGUCAAACAUCUAGAUUCAUCAAUCCUCGAAUUAGCAGCUGAGGCAGCCCGAUACCGCUGUGUAGCCAACUGUCAGGGCACCGAAGCCGACGCCGAGCGCAAUCUAUGGGCCAUAUCCAACGCCCUCCUUCAUUCAGCCCGACUCACCCUGCACCGUGUCCGCGCCUUCCCGGACCCCCCAAUGAUAUUCAGCAAACAGUGCGAUUUCCUUCCAAAUAGCGCAGUUCCGUUCUUCUCCCACCAUAUUCAGCUGUCUCCGGGUCGAAUCAGCGAAAUAAACACCCUCUUCCCCUUCACCGAGCAAGAGUCCAUCCGUAUAUGCCUUCAGUCCUCUCUUGUCGUCUCGCGCGUUUUUCGCCGUUUGGCAUCUCCGAACCCGACAUACUCCGAUGCAGCUGACACUGAGACCUCUGUGUCUUGGGCGUUCCGACGAUUAGGCACACCCCGGUCCAUUCCUUACAUGGCCUGCGCUGAGUUGCAAAGUUUCUAUGGGUUGGCCAUGGUACUAUGGCGUGUCCGCGCGGCUUUCUACGCUGGGAACCUGAACAGCGUCUACUACCUGCUUGAUCGGGCCAGUGCUCAAACCGAGGUGCAAGACGCGGAGCGGUUGAUGGAAGAGUUGCAGUCGGGCAUGGAGGCGUUGCGGGCGUCGAUUCGGGCAGAUUUCGUCUUUGAGGGAGUGGGGCUGAUGGCCAAGGAGUGUGAUGCGGUAUACGAAGCGACGACGAUGGAUGCUUAAGAACAGUCGUAGUAUCAGGAGGGAUGUUGCCAAUCCUAGCCUACUUUGCUUAGCGCGGCUACCCCUAUCACCUUCUCACUUAUGUGCUGGAUUAGAG